GCUGGCGCGAGACUGGAUCAAUGUUAACUGUCUACACUCCUCUCUGAAAGGAACAAAGGAGUGUGGGAGAGAGUGAGAGUGAGAAAAAGAUAGAGAAAUACGGAUCUUUACUCCUGUCUUAAAGGGACAGGAUCCACCAGGUUUCCAGGAUGCUGUGACCUUGGUCAGGGGUUUAGGUCAUCGGUCAGGGUUUAAGGGAUCAGGUUAUGUUUGGGGACAUGAUGUGUUCCCCGGUGGGGUCUCGGUCUCCGGUCGACAGCGCUGGGAACAGUGAGGAAGAGAUUGACCACCACCGGAGGCCACGUAGAGGCACCAGAAAACAGUGGGCAAGCCGAAGGAGACCGAGGGAGCAGGAUGAAGAUGAAGAAGAUGAAGGGAACCAGAAUAUCCAAAGCCCGGGGAAGAAGAGGGGGAAGAGGAGAGGAAGUGACAGAAGUGACUGGAGUGACGUCAGCAGUGUGAGCGGCCUACCCAGGUCUCUGGAGGACACGCAGAAUCAGCGUGUCAUGGCUAACGUACGGGAGCGACAGAGGACCCAGUCACUCAACCAGGCCUUCGCCUCGCUACGACAGAUCAUCCCCACGAUGCCCUCAGACAAACUCAGCAAGAUCCAGACGCUCAAACUGGCCACGCGGUACAUAGACUUCCUCCAUCACGUGCUGCAGGGCGAGGGGAUGGGCCUGGAUUUGGACGAGGAGCAUGUGUCAGGAGCAGCCAGCUGUGGUUACGUGGCCCAUGAGCGUCUGAGCUAUGUCUUCUCAGUGUGGAGGAUGGAGGAGGAAGCAUGCUCGGGGUCUGCUACACCACACUAGUGUUCCCUCCACUGCAGGGGCACAACCAAACAGGAUUAUCCAAGAGAAUCCAUACUGGUUGAGGUGGUUCAACAUGCUACAACUGGACUGUGGUACACCGGAGAACGCAGGACUAAACGGCCUAGCAUGAUGGAACAUCUCGUAACGACGAAUGUUAGAGACAUAAACAAAUAUUUUACAACACUUUCUGUACUGUGUAUCUCUAUGGUGGGAGAUAUGCAGGCUUGUUUCUGUGUGCUUGAUUCCAACAAUCCAUAGGCCUUAUAGGGGUCGCACAGGGCAGAUAAUAGAUCAAAACCCCAUCCGUGGACAACUGUAGCUCAUUUUGGUCUGUUCUAGACUUCACACACAGACAUAGAGACUGUCAGAAUGCUCCACAUGACCUCUACCACAGGAGGUUGGUGGCACCUUAAUUGGGGGAUAAGGGCUCAUGGUAAUGGCUGGAGCGGAAUUAGUGGAAUGGUAUCAAAUACAUCAAACACUUGGUUUCCAUGGUUUCCAUGUGUUUGAUGCCAUUCCAUUGGCUCCGUUCCGGCCAUUACUACGAGCCGUCCUCCCCUCAACACUCUCUACACUCUAUUUCUCUCCAUGGGGGUUGACAACAGAUGAAGUUCCAGUCUUUGUAUCAACAAACUCACACAAAGUUAUACAGAUUAUUUUCUCCUGGCUUCUGAAAUAUCAAUUUAUUGAUUGAUGUUACAAUGAAGAAUGAUUCCAUUUCUAAAUGCAUUUAAAAUGUUGUAAAUAUCUUUAAUUAUCUUCUGAAAUAACAAUUAGUGUAUGUUUGAAUUGACAUUUUAGUAAUUUAGCUGAAGGUCUUAUCCAGAGCGAGUAAAUAUACAGUAACAGUAGACUACCGAUGUUUGCAGGGUUGAAGAGGUUACUUUCUAAAUAUCAUCUGUUACUUGUCCAAAAUUGUCAUCAGUAAUUUAAUUUUGGGAUUACCCAAAACUCAGUAACGUAAAUCUGAUUACUUUCCCCUUAACUGGCAUUAGAAGACAAAAAUGAUCGAUAAAAUGCAUUUGGUGUGUCAUCAUACUGGUCUCUGACUUGUGGUCAGACUCGCUCAGGUGGAACAAAUGUAAACUUGCAUCUUUUUUCUCCAAUGCUGAAUUGAACGUAAUUGAGAAAACAGAAAGUGAUGUCAUAAUGUUGUUGUUUUUUCUUCUCGCAGACAUCCUUUCUGAAUUUAAAUCCAAGAAGUAAUCAUCAAGUUUUUCAAAGGUUAUCUGUAAUCUCAUUAGAAUAUUUUUUGCUGGUAAUGUAACUGAUUAGUUUAGUUGUAAUCAGAUUACAUGUAACUGAGUUACUAAACCCUGGAUGUUUGAAAAGGGCCAAGCUGGAGCCAUAUCCCAUACAGGACACUGCCAUCUAACGGUUCAAAUGAAACUGACACUACAUCGAGAGAACGCCUGUACAUCCAACAGCACAGGGUAACACACCACUACCCCUUUAAUUUCACCACUACUCCUCGAACUUCACCACUACUCCUUUAACUUCACCACUACUCCUCUAACUUCACCACUACUCCUAUAACUACACCACUACUCCUUUAAACUUCACCACUACUCCUAUAACUACACCACUACUCCUUUAACUUCACCACUACUCCUAUAACUUCACCACUACUCCUAUAACUUCACCACUACUCCUAUAACUUCACCACUACUCCUAUAACUACACCACUACUCCUUUAACUUCACCACUACUCCUCUAACUUCACCACUACUCCUUUAACUUCACCACUACUCCUAUAACUUCACCACUACUCCUUUAAAUUCACCACUACUCCUAUAACUUCACCACUACUCCUAUAACUACACCACUACUCCUAUAACUACACCACUACUCCUAUAACUUCACCACUACUCCUUUAAAUUCACCACUACUCCUAUAACUUCACCACUACUCCUAUAACUACACCACUACUCAUUUAAACUUCACCACUACUCCUAUAACUUCACCACUACUCCUAUAACUACACCACUACUCAUUUAAACUUCACCACUACUCCUAUAACUACACCACUACUCCUAUAACUACACCACUACUCCUUUAACUUCACCACUACUCCUUUAACUUCACCACUACUCCUAUAACUUCACCACUACUCUUAUAACUUCACCACUACUCCUCUAAAUUCACCACUACUCCUCUAACUUCACCACUACUCCUCUAACUUCACCACUACUCCUUUAACUUCACCACUACUCCUCUAACUUCACCCCUACUCCUUUAACUUCACCAAUACUCCUCUAACUUCACCACUACUCCUCUAACUUCACCACUACUCCUCUAACUUCACCACUACUCCUUUAACUUCACCACUACUCCUCUAACUUCACCCCUACUCCUUUAACUUCACCACUACUCCUCUAACUUCACCCCUACUCCUUUAACUUCACCAAUACUCCUCUAACUUCACCACUACUCCUCUAACUUCACCACUACUCCUCUAACUUCACCACUACUCCUUUAACUUCACCACUACUCCUCUAACUUCACCCCUACUCCUUUAACUUCACCACUACUCCUCUAACUUCACUACUACUCCUUUAACUUCACCACUACUCCUUUAACUUCACCACUACUCCUCUAACUUCACCAAUACUCCUCUAACUUCACCAAUACUCCUCUAACUUCCUGUAUAAUGAUUCUAGUGGAAAAACGGCAUCAUGACACACUAUUAUGUUUGCAUUUCUUGAAUGCAUUUCAAUCAUGGCACACAAUUAAUGAAGCGCUGUAUCUGUCUAACCCAAACGCCUACGGAGAGACUCCUCUAACUUCACCAAUACUCCUCUAACUUCCUGUAUAAUGAUUCUAGUGGAAAAACGGCAUCAUGACACACUAUUAUGAAUGCAUUUCAAU